AACACCACCUCACUCCUCGACACCAUCAGGACUCGCGGCUACAUCCGGGUGGGAACUACCGGCGACUACAAACCUUUCACUUACCAGCUCGACAAUGCGACGACACUUCCCGACGGCACCACUUUCAACACAACAUACAUCGGCGCCGAUGUAGACAUGGCUCAGUCUCUCUCCAAUGCCCUCUCCCUUCCUUCGUCCCCGAUCUUUGUCCCUUCCGCCUGGGCGAAUCUCACCAUGGACAUCGCGGCCAACAAAUUCGACAUCGCGAUGGGUGGCGUCAGUAUCACACUUGCUCGCGCUCAGACCUCCUUCUUCUCGACGCCAGUACAGCGUGUCGGCAAGACAGGAUGUAUACGAUGUGCCGACAAGGGAAAAUACACAGACCUCAAAUCCCUCGAUGUCGUCAGUACGAAGAUAGCCGCGAACCCCGGCGGAACAAAUGAAGCUUUUGACAGGGCGACCUUUACUAAAGCGCAGGUUGUGAUCGUGGAAGACAAUAAUGCGGUGUAUCAAGCAGUCAUCGAUGGCACGGCCGAUGCCAUGGUUAGCGACAAGAUCGAGGUGGAACUGCAGGUGAACUUGAACAACGGCACGCUGUGUAUGGUUAAUGAGGUGCCGUGGACGUUUGAGGAGUUAGGGUAUCUACUGCCGAGGGACGAUGUGCUGAAAAUUUUCGUUGAUACAUGGUGGAGAAUCCAAGAAGGCAGCGGAGCGUGGAAUGCCACCCUGGAGAAGUGGAUGGGCUACAAGUGGCCUGUGGUUUGA